UGACAGAGGGAAAUGGGACGAUCGUCCAUCAGUGUUUGUCUUGGUCUGGAAUUUCGGGAUGUGCCACCGCCCGAUUUGUACCUAACACAAAAACUACCGCGAUUAGAAAAGGCAAGGACUAAUACAUUGAUAGUAGAGGAUAUAGUAAACUACAUGUUUUACUAGAUCGUCGCGUGUCUCCUUUUGGUGGGACCACAAGAUGGUGAUUAGCCGGAAGAUGGUGCCACUGGUGUCAUUUUUGGCUGCUCUUCGCAUCCUUACUGAGGCUCAAAGUUGUAACAAUGGUGUUGGAAAACUCAUGUUUGAAAGGGUUGCUGAUUACAAACUAUCCGGUACUGGAAAUAGUUUCGGAGGAACUAGAAGAGCCGAAGUAAUCACAAGAAAAGAUCUUCCGAUUAGGGUUUUAUCUGAAUGCAUAAGAAGGUGCGCAGAAGAUCGCACCACAACUCAACAUGUGCCACAAUGUAGAUCAUUUGAUUUCCUACCAGGUAAAAGGAUAUCACCAGUUCCAACCCAUGAGGGAAAUGAUAUAGGUCCUGGUAGGACAAACAUAGUCGCUGAGUACGAAGACUCCAGUUGUUAUCUUUAUUAUGACCAAGCAUCACCAGAUGGUACCGAAACAUUAGUACGACAACAGGAUGUCUGGCAUUUUAAUGAAAUUUGCAUUACAUCUAGCAAAGUGAGCACAGAAUGCAGUAAUCGACUGUACGUAAUGGAGCGAACCCCGGGCUUCCGGUUUGAAGGAGGUAAUGGAGACAGAGAGAUAUUUGCAGUGAAUAGAACAGACUGUGAGAGCAAAUGCAUCAACGAAGAGAGUUUCAAGUGCCGCUCAUGCAGUUUUGAUAGAGCAGGAUCAAUAUGCAGAUUGAGCAGAGAGACGAGAGCAAUGAAUCCCGGAGGAUUUACCUCUGAUGCCAACAGCGAUUACAUGGAGAAUCUCUGUCUAUCAGGAUCAGAUUUAUGUUCAGCGACAGCGUUGAUCCUUGAAGCAGGCAAAGAACUUGAAGGAGCUUAUGAAAGAGAUCUGUUUUCUGUCCGGGACUUCAAGGAUUGUUCGGAUAAAUGCAUUCAUAGCUUAACAGAAAGGGGGUUCAUGUGCAGGUCUUUCCUCUACUACGACAAGAGCAAAACAUGCGUCCUUUAUCCUGACGAUCCUGUUGGAGAUGCUGAAGGACCAGAUGUCCAAAAACCUCUCAAAUCAAGCAGUGGGGAUCUGUAUAGAUUAUUCUGUGGAACUUCUGACAGAGAUGCCCUGAUCAACAACCUGACUUUUGAGUGCUAUAGGCGGAAGCGCCUUGAUGGACCACACCAGGCAGAAAUCAAGUCCUAUUCUUUCCAGGAGUGUCUGGACGAAUGCAUGCGUCGAUAUGGUCGCGACUGUCGGUCAGUGGAGUACAGUUCGAGAUAUCAGUCCUGUCGAUUCAGCAGCUAUGAAGGAAGCAACCGAGCACCGAGCCUCGUCGACGAUGACUUCUAUGAUUAUUACGAAUUCAAGUGGUUUCGUGGAGUUGGAGGAAAUUCUGCUAGUGGUAGUUUUGGUACAAGAGGAGGACCCUGGUCCGGAAAUAUGGGUGGCAUGGCAGGAAUGGGAGGAGGUGGCAUGGCAGGAAUGGGCGGAGGUGGCAUGGCAGGAAUGGGUGGAGGUGGAAUGAAUGGAGGUAUGGGUGGAGGUGGAGCAAGCUGGCCAAGUAGUGGAGGAAGCGCAGGAGGAUCUGGGAUGCCCUGGAGUAGUGGAGGAAGUGCUAUGGGUGGUUCUAUGGGAGCAUCAAUGGGAGGUGGCUCAAUGAGUGGACAGUGGCCCAGUUCAGGAGGCAGUUCUGGCUCAAAUCCUUGGCCGUCUGCAGGCAGUGGAGGUAGUAUGUCUGGUGGAGGAUGGGCGAGUGGCCCGCCAGGAGGAUGGACUAGCGGAGGAUGGACAAGUAGUGGUCUUUUUCCAAGUGCUGGUCUUCCACCACCGGAUCCGAUUCUACCACCGUGGGCUGGAACUCAUUUUGGUUGGCCACCACUACCCCCUUUGAUUGGACCACAUAGUGCCCAUGGACCUCCAUUUCCUCCACCACCUCCUCCCCCCUAUCCACCACUUCCACCCCCUGAAUUGUGUGGAAAAUCUGGUGGAAUCGGCACUUUCAAGAAAGUAGGGUAUGGAAUGAGAUUGCGGGAGCAUUUCGUCAUCCGUGUCAUCCGGGCAGAAAGUUUACCCGAAUGUGAAAAAGCUUGCAUGGAGGCAAGAGAUUUUGCCUGCCUAUCAUUCAAUUUCAGAUCAUUUUUUCCUGAUAAUUGUGAAAUGAGUGACCAAGACAGCCACUUGAUUCAAGUUGGUAGUCCUUUAUAUUUUGAACAGAAUACUCAGUUUGAUUAUUUCGAACGAGAACCGACUGGAGUUACACCAGGUUGCCUUGACGUGGGCCAGUCAUGCACAUUGGACGGCAUGGAGUUCACACUGAAAACUCCAGAAGGUUUCUUCGGCAGAAUGUAUACCUAUGGAUUUUAUGAUACGUGUUUUUAUGAUGGAAACGGUGGCAACGUCAAUGUUUUGAGAAUUUCAAGAGCCAAUGGAUUUCCACGCUGUGGAACGCAACAGUAUGGUGAUGUCAUCACAAAUAUUGUAGUUGUACAAUUUAAUGAUUACGUCCAGACAUCCAGGGACAAGAAGUACAAUUUGACAUGUUAUUUCUCUGGGCCAGGAGAAGCUGUUGUCACAUCUAAUUACUUAGACACAAGAACGGACGGGCGUUAUCCAACACAAAUAGAACAUUUGCCUGCUCAGAAUGUUCUAACAUCCAGUGUGGUUUUAAAAGUUCUGUACCGAGGUGCACCGACAACAACUAUUGCUGUUGGGGAUCUCUUAACAUUCCGGUUAGAGGCAAGAGGAAAUUUUCAUUGGGAAUAUUUUGCUGACAUAUUUGCUACUAAUGUCAUCGCUAAAGAUCCUUAUUCAGGAAGACAAGUGCAUUUAAUUGAUGCCAGAGGAUGCCCAGUCGAUUUAUACGUUUUCCCAGAGCUGCACAGAACACCAGAUGGCGCUCUUGAGGCAGAAUUCUAUGCUUUCAAAAUUCCAGAUUCCAAUUUAUUGGUUUUCCAAGCAACGGUGCAAACUUGCCGAGGGCCAUGUGAACCAGUAGUCUGCAGUGAAAAGGCAAGACCUGGAACCUUUCCCUCCUGGGGUCGAAAGAAGCGAUCAGUUCCGAAAGAUGAAGACAAAAAAGAUGCGACAACACCAGUAAAUGAUACAGAUGCUAUUGAGGAAGAAGAACAGGAAGAAGUGCACGAACUCUUGAAAGUUUACUUAUCACGGUCAGACAUUCCACCAGAGGAUAUUGCACCAGUGUCUGAAAAAGAAUCAACCGUGUGCAUUGCACAAGCUGGAUAUUAUGGAAUGAUAUCCACUGUUGUUAUUUUGGUGUGUUUGCUGAUUGGUGUAGUGGCCAUGUCGUACUAUUUCCUCAAACGAUCUAGAAGAGUCGUAAGGAAAAUGGCAGCAUCAAGCAUUUCAUCCUCAGGUCCAGAAAAUCCUUAUGUUUCGCAGUUUCAAGUAAGAAACUUUGCUGAUCCAAGCGAACCCAUAUACACUGACCCGUCUUUAUUUGAAAGACCGAGGAACACAUUAAGAAACAUGACCGCACGUACGUUAGGGAAAUUAAGUAACGACCUUGAAUGACACAGAGCAUCUGAAUUAGUAAGGUGAUAUAAACAAACACUGUUUACAAAAGUGAAAUUGUGUGUCUUCAUAUUUUACCUCAAAUGUAUGGACAAUUAGAAAGACACUGUGAUCAACAUUGAGAGAAAAAAAAAUGUUUUUGUCAAGUUUGAAUAUUUCUAUGUAUUCCAAAGUUACUUUCACGAAAUCACUCACUUGAUGAGAUCACACUUAUAAUAUUAUUACUGCAAUGAAUUUUUUCUUAUACAAUUGUAUAUAAGUAUAUCAUAAAUGAAGAAAAAAAAACAUAACUUUA